AUGCUUCGAACAUUGACCCGUUUACGACUGCAACCGCUGCAAUCCGCAGCCAUCGCCCGACCUCUUACACAGCCUCUUCUGCAGAAGCGAUGGAACUCCACACAGCCUCCCAAGGAUAACGAGCAACAAGCGGCUCCUGCUUCUUCGGAAGGAGACAAGCCCAAGCGAAAGCCUCUGUCCCGAAUCUCCGUCUCCAAGGGUGCUUCUCCCGGAGAGAUGCACCGACGACAAUACAAGGGCAUUUUCGACUUCAAGGUCUUUGCUCUGUUCGUGGCCUCUGGAGUGGGUAUCUACUGGUUCUUCCAGAGCGAAAAGGCCAAGGUGACCCAGCGACGAGAGGCUGAGGCCAACCGAGGCUACGGCAAGCCCCUUGUGGGCGGCCCCUUUGUGCUUCAGGAUCACAAGGGCGGUAUUUUCAGCAGUGAGGACCUUAAGGGCAAGUUUUCGCUUCUGUACUUUGGAUUCUCAAUGUGUCCCGAUAUCUGUCCCGAUGAGCUCGAUAAGAUGGCCAUUAUGAUCGACGAGGUCAACAAGAGCAACCCCGGCCAGCUGCAGCCUCUGUUUAUCACCUGUGAUCCCGCCCGAGACUCUCCUGAGGUUCUAGAGGAGUACCUGUCCGAGUUCCAUCCUCAGAUUCUGGGUCUUACUGGUACCUAUGACGAGAUCAAGCAGACCUGCAAGGCCUACCGAGUCUACUUUUCCACUCCUCCUAACGUCAAGCCUGGUCAGGACUACCUCGUUGACCACUCCAUCUUCUUUUACCUCAUGGAUCCCGAGGGACAGUUCCUGGACGUGCUGGGACGAAACCUGACUGCUGAGGAGGCCGUGGCCAAGAUCCGAGAGGACAUUAAGACCUGGGAGCCCAAGGCUGUCCGAGACCGAAAGAGCAAGGGCUGGUUUGGUUCCUUCUUUUACUAG